GCGUUGAGGUUGCUAGUCACUCCCCGAGCCUACUUUUAAUAGCUUUGUCAUGUGAUAGAAAGCAGUUGUAAGAAGACAGGUGCCCUCGGUUCAUUCUCGGAGAGGGGAGCUGCAGUUUUGCCUCGCCAGUGGGGAACUAAAGCGUGCGUGGAUUUGUCUCUCUCUUUUUUUUUUUUUCUUUUUUUUUUUUUUGGUGUCAUUUUUACGCGUGUUGUUUGCAGCGUUUGCACGGAGGUUGGAUUUUUGUUGUUGUUGUCCUUUUUCCGAAGCGUCAUUCAGUGGCUGGAUGGCGUGGGACAGGUGUAACCAGCAGGACUUGGUGUGGAGAGAAUUAGAGUGUGCUGCCUUGGUUGGCGAAGACCAGCCCCUCUGCCCGGACCUACCCGAACUUGACCUCUCCGAGCUGGACGUCAGCGACCUGGACGCCGAUGGCUUCCUGGGCGGCCUCAAGUGGUACAGCGACCAAUCAGAGAUCAUUUCCGCUCAGUAUGGCAACGAGGCCUCCAAUCUUUUUGAGAAGAUAGAUGAAGAAAAUGAGGCCAACUUGCUGGCAGUGCUUACAGAGACCCUGGACAGCAUCCCGGUGGAUGAGGACGGCCUGCCUUCAUUCGAGGCUCUGGCAGACGGGGACGUGACCAAUGCCAGUGACCAGAGCUGUCCCUCCUCCCCGGAAGACCUGCCCGCUACUCCAGAGGAGCCCGAGGAACCCUCUCUGCUGAAGAAGCUCCUCUUGGCGCCCGCCAACACCCAGCUGGGCUACAAUCAAUACACAGGUAGCAAGGCGCAGAACCAUGCAGCCGGCAGCAACAACAACCACCGCAUCAGACCACCACCUGCCGUCGUCAAGACAGAGAGCCCCUGGAGCAGCAAAACGAGGGGGGUCUCCAGCCAGCAGAAUCGCUCUUUGAGGCGGCCUUGCACCGAGCUGUUAAAGUACUUAACAGCCACCGACGACAUCCUCCUCCACACUAAAGCCAGCGACGUAAAGGGCGGCCACAGUGCCUCCUCUUCGUCCUCCUCGCCGUCCUCGUCGUCCACCUCCUCAUUCUCCUCACUUUCCUCCAAUUCCUCCUCCUCGUCCUCCAAGAAGAAGUCCGCCGUGCCAGCUCAGCAGCAUCAGCAGCAUCCACCGCAGCGAGGUGAGCGCCGGGCUGCAGGCCAGUGUAGUGUGGCUGGUGUUGGGGCUGGGAAGUGGCAGCGUUGCUCUCAGGAUGUUGAUGAGUCGGAGGGUGGCCAAGGAAGCUACAUCGGCGAAGAAGGGAGGCGGCCGGGCGACACUGACCGGCUGGCCUGUGCCGCUAGGUUUAUUAGGUAUAUGCAUUCUUAUUCCCUCCCUCCCCGAGAGGUGAGUCACAGCUGUGAGCGUUGCCGAGAGGCUGUAGGCGCCCCUCGAGAUAAGAGGCAGCGUAGGCGCGUCACCGUCACCAUUAGGAAACGGGACGAGAAGCCGGGGCACCCUUUACUUAGCCGGCUGCUCACCGCCAGGCCUGCUCAGUACCGAGCCCCGCCUAAGUCCCCUGAGCCUCUCAAGAGUCUAAGCCAGGGAGGCCAUGGGGAGGAUGUUGACCAUGAUGAUGAUGCUGAUGAUGAUGUCAUGGGCCGCCCGCCGAGCUUCCCAGAUACUAGCAUUGCAGAGCCCGCCCCCGCCCGCAUGAAACACAGGCAGCGCCCAGACCACGCAGACCACCUGUUGUUAGCCAAACCAACCACCUUGCCACUUCCUUUGACCCCAGAGUCUCCAAAUGACCACAAGGGAUCUUCAUCGUUUGAGAACAAAACCAUUGAGUGCACAUUAGGUGUGGCGAUUGCUGGAACCCCAGGUCUGACACCACCUACCACACCCCCAUACAAAGACAGUCCAGAGAAUCUUUUCAAAGCAUCGCUCAAAACCAAGUUGUCCUCAUGUGUCUCCUCAGCUUCGGCGUACAAAAAAGCAAGGCUGGGCGAGUCAGGCCCGGGUGCCGUGGCCCCCAGCGCCUCAGGCGGUGGCAUUGCCAGGAAGGGUCCUGAACAGACUGAGCUGUACGCCCAGCUGAGCAAAGCGUCCACCGUCCUCCCUUACUCUGCCACACAGCAGCGAGUGGCAGGGAGCGGACCGGAGGAGCGUCGCUGCAGCGCUGGUGGACACAAGCUGGGUUCCUCCCGAGGGUACAGCGACCAUGACUAUUGCCAGGCGUCGGCUAGUGUCAAGAAGGACGGUGUCACGGCCUCCUCCGCCCCCACAGAGGCUCAGACACCGUGUUGCCCUGCUGCUGCUCCUGGGCUUAUAGGUGAUUUUGGAUUUAAGGACUCAGGCAUGCCGCCACACUCUUCAUCUACUGGUUCUUCUAGUUUGGUCUCCACUGUUGGAGAAAAUGAAGUAUUAAGUAAGAAAUCGCCGACCCCAACCUCUCUGGGCCUGGACCCCUCAUAUGCCGUCAACCGGAAGUUUCUGUAUGACCUGGAGAUCCGAGCAGAACUCAACAAGCACUUUGGGCUCCCCUUGAAAGCCCUGUCCAGUGCCGGUGAAGCAGAGAUGGCUGCGUCCCCGCAGUCUAUUGAGGAUGGCGAUUCCCAUAGGCUACCUGGUUCAGGGCUUCUGUCCCUGAAUGAUGAGCUGGAUUUGGGUGAAGGCCAAGAGAGUCGGUUUCUUUACCCGUGGGAGGGCACCCCUUUGGACCUCCUCUUUGACUGCUCCCCGUCCUGUUCUCCACCAUUGAGCUGCUCCCCCUCCCGAAGCACCCCGUCUCCGCUGCCGUCCUCCCUGCUGUUGUUGCCCGGCGGGUCUCUCCGAUGGAGCGGCCCUGGCUCGCGCUCCCGUUCUCGGUCUCGCUCUGGAUCCCGCGGCUCUUCUUGGCGCCACCGAAGACGCUCGCUGUCCAGCUCACCUGAUAGACACCCUACCUCCUGGUCUCGUCACAGCAAUGACUUCAGCAGUUUCCGUUCCAGAAGCCAAAAGAGCCCCCGGCCUCAGUCUCAGUCUCCUCUCUGUCGCAGGCCAAGGUACGACAGCUACGAGGACUAUCAGCACGACCGACUGAAGAGGGAGGAAUACCGCCGGGACUAUGAGAAGCGGGAGUUCGAAAGGGCCGAGCAGAGGGACAGGCAACACCAAAAAGCUAUUGACGAGAGACGGGUGGUGUACGUGAGACGACUGAGGUCCGACUGCACCCGCGCCGAGCUGAAGCGCCGCUUUGAGUUCUUUGGCGAGAUUGAGGAAUGUGCCAUCAACUUGAGAGACGAUGGGGACAAUUUUGGCUUCAUCACAUACCGCUACACGUGUGACGCCCUCACUGCCCUCGACAACGGACACACCUUGCGCCAGUCUGACGAGCCCCGCCUCGAGCUAUGCUUCGGCGGACAAAAGCAGUUGGGCAAAUCUCAUUACACUGACUUGGACUCCCACUCAGACGACUUCGAUCCGGCCUCCACCAAAAGCAAGUAUGACUUGUUGGAUUUCGACAGCUUGCUGCAGGAGGCUCAGGGCAGCCUGAGAAGGUAACCUGCUCGCCUGCCUACCUGCCUCUGAUCCCUCCUUACGGUGGCCCGCCUGGGGCUGGGGUGGCGGCUGUGGGUGACUUUGCGAUUACCUCAACGUCUCUCGUUGACGAUGAGACGCUAAGAAGUCUGUGCACUCUCUGUGGAGCUAUGAGAAUAAAUAAUCUACUACGAAGUUUACAUGAACAAUCGCUGCUGAGAGGAUGCAAAAAGGGACGAUGAAAGACGAUCUUCUCCAAGCAUUACAAAACCCAUAAUCCUUUGGGGUGAGGGGGGCGAAAACCGCUUGUUCAAAAAGAUGUAUGUUGUUUUUUUGCCUUUAAAAUCUUUGUUACAUUUUUUUUUUUUUUUUUUUCAAACAAAGGAAAUCUCUUAUUGUCUACAUUUUAAAAAGGUAGUUGUGUAUUUACAAAUAACUAUAAAAAAAUUUAUUUUUGUUUUAAUGUACAUAUAUAUAUAUAUAUAUAAGAAAAUAGUUUUUAUUUGUUACAGCUAUGCACUGUAAAACGCAGCCUUUUUUUAAAGAAGAAAAAACAAAUGUGGGGGUCAAUUUUUUCUUAAUUCAGAAUGUCGGUCUAUAGUAAUGACACAACUAAAAUAUAUGUUUUGCCUACAUUUGCGCCUGUAGGUCCUUUAAACAGCAGAGCACUCCUGUCACAUACUGUAGAAGGUAUUUGUUGUUUUUAAGGACCUACUGCAAAAAAGUCAGUCAACAAUCCUUUAUAUACCAGGAGUGCGCUGCUAUUUCUAAGGACCUACUGAUUGUUUACAUAUACAUAUAUACAUAUAUGUAUGUAUAUACACACACACUUCUAGGAACAAACAUCAACAUGUAACCAUGUGAUUACAACCCUGGGAUCAGGAGCGUUAUGCCAAAUUAAGCAACCCUGUGGUUGAGCUCCGCACUACAGUAUAUAUGAAUGAUGUGUGUGCACACACUCAUCCUUUUUCUAUCAACUGGGCGAACCCUAACCAAUUGACCAUAAAAGUAACCUGGAUGGUUACAGGUUCACUUUUAUUCAUAGGACCGUGUUUACAUACGCAAACAAUUGUCUUUUUCCUUUCAGUGAACCUGUAACGGUGUGACAAGAGAAUAUCAAAUUGUAAAGCUUCAGUAUAACCCAUGAAUAUAAACUUGUUUCUUGGGUAAUAAACAUUUGGAAAACAAAAUACACCAGAACAUGAUAGGACUCCUUUAUAGUUAAGUUUAAUAUUACCAUAAGGUACUAUUCAUCCAUCACAACCCAGAGAACAGUUGAGGGGAUGGAGGAUUCAGGCAGAUUCAGCCCAUGAAAUCUGGGGAAGGUUGAGGUCGAUGCCCAACCAGCACUACUGCAGACAUCCUCCAAGUGUGCACUUCUCAACAGGGGCCAAGAUUCGGCCACAUGCCACGUGCAGAGUGGGAAACCACUCAUGAUGAGGGAGUCUUGCUUGAGCAAAGAUAAGAUAGAUGAGGUCAACUAUCCAGUUGGAUAGGCGUUGCUUGCCAACAAGUCUGCACAGCGUUGCUCUACCAUGAAAAGCACAACAGGUUAUCAACUGUACAAUGGCAGUGUGCUUGGGCUAUAUGUGCCUUCAUGGCCCUCACAGGACUCACAUAUUGGAACCUUUUUGUAUCCUUAGACUAAUAUGGCGGUGGAUAAUGAGAUUUCAGCUUGGCCACGUGUUCUUCUGCAACACUUCGGGAUGGAAUGCAGGGUUUGUUAGAAGAAACACUACCAUGUCCCAUCCCCAAACUGAACACAUCCUGCACUAACAGAGAGAGCAACCAGCUUGCUCACUCUCACAACUAAUGCAAUAGCAAUCAGAAACGUAAUACUCAGACUAAGGAGACAAAUAUCCAAAUGGGGUAAGAGCUCAAACGGAUGCAGACAAAGUGCCCUCAGGACCCACUAAUGAACCCAAGACAGGAGCAAAAGCCUCUUUGCAGGGCAUUACCUCCUUAAACCAUUCAGGCACAGGUUUUGCAAAAGGAUGUUCCCCAGGAGUCAAUUCAUCUCACCUACCUUUAACUGUGGGAUUAGUUGAGGGAUAACCCCUGAUGGUGGACUCUUACUACCCUUGUUCCAAAAGGUGUUGAAGAAUAGCACCACAAGUAAAACACAGGGUAUAGGGUUGCCACCGUUUUCCCGACACCACUCACUAAACAUCCUCCAUCCUACACAAUAAAUAUGCUGAGUGGAAUGGCUCAUGAGGCCUACAAGGUGUCAACCUCAUUGUUACUCAACCCCAGAGACUGCCAACACUGUUCACAUAAAGCUUCAGGGCUUCGACCCAGGAUGCCAUAGCUUGCCCUGUCCCUGUGAAAGUAAGUUUGGCUUGAUUGGCACACGCCACGGUUGCCCAUACAGCAUCCUGUGGGUCUCGGCCAUCCAAGGCAUCUGUGGUCAGUUUUGAGAGCACCUGGUCUGAGACAACCUCACUCUGCCAAACAAGAGGGGAAGUUGUUAGAAUGCAUAGAGGGUCACUUAGUUCUAUGGAAAGCUUAGAGCAUAAUUUUCGAAGGCCCUGGUCGGCCGGGCAUUGAGAACCACAGAGAACAAUGUGGAUAAUCCUCUGUAGCAAAGAAGUGGACUGUGGCCUGACCGAAGUGACCCCAAAUCUGUCUGAUCACUUAUGGCCAAAGUUGCCAUUCUAGAAAGGAGCUCCUCUUGAGAGCUGAUCAGCAUAGCCCUUGUCUAAGUCCACAGAAUCAGGGUCUUUGCACUAGCAUGCAAAGUUUUAAGUUUUCAUUCCACAUUUAUGAUUGAUGUAGGACACCACAGCUGUCUUGGCCUGCCUCACCAUCACCUGCAUGCCCCUCACCCCUGCAAGGAAGGGUGGCAGGGUGAAAGAAAUUACCCCAAUCUUGAGGAGGUCAAUCUGCCAUGCAUGACGCACAAGGUCCCAAAUGCCUCAAGCAGAUCUUCCUUUCCAGACAGCGCCCCAGCUUGUUGUGGAGGUGUCUGUGGUCUCAGCAACCUUGGGUCCCCCUAGACCCAGGGGAACCCCUUCACUGGCUUCAACAGCUCUCAAGCUUUCCCACCAUGCAAGGAUUUAGAGGCUCUCGCGAGACAGUCUUCUCUUGUCUUUUGGAAAGAAAAUAGGCGUGUGUUCAGCAACCUCAGUCUCUGGUACUGCUAAGCCGACAGUGCACUGAGCACGACACGUCGUUAUACAUUCUAUGAUUGCAGAUGCUUGUAUGCGUAUCAAACAGGCUCUCGUUAUGCAGUAGUCCAGAUGAAGCCCCAGAAACUUGGCUGAUCUGCCUGGUAACCCUGGAUCUUCCUCACAUGCAGGCCAAGUUAGGUGAGGUAUGCAAACAUAGCUUUAUUGUUUUUGGGCCAGGCUCAAACACAAGCCAAUCAUCUCACGAGUUGGAAAAUACAGUGUUAAUGCACUUUGGGAAGAUCUGUGGUGACAGCAAGAGACCAAAUAGAAGGACGUCUCACUGAUACGCCAUACCGUAAAAGCAAAUUGCUGGUAGCAGCAAUGGUUCAGUUGUAUAGCUUUGUGGAAAUAAGCGCCGCAAAGUCCACUGUUCUGAACCAGUCACAGCCCCGAAUGACCUGAAACAAGGACUUCACUUUGAAAAUUCGGAAGUUGAAUACCCAGAGGUAUUUGUUUUGCUCCCUCAAGUCAAGAAUGGGACAUAACCUACCAAAGUCUUUUGAGAUAAGGGGGGGAACAAAACCCCUCCCUCUCCUCCUCUGCACCCCGAGAGCAUAUUGCUCCUUUGGACACUAAAGCAGGUAUCUCGUUGGUGAGUAUUGCAGCUCAAAAACCACCAAAAUAUUUUGUCACACUACUUUUUGAGCACAUUCAACAAUACAGCAGUAAUAAUAGAAACCAUGAUAAUGUUUUCCAAUAAGAUAAGGAAAGUCAAAAUACAGAACAGAAGAACUGAAUAGAUGAUAUUGGACACCAAGCCAGUACCAGUACCCAAUUCAGUACUUGGUGACCUCACCUUUGCAAAUUUGCACACACGUGCACAACGAUCAGGAGGAUAAAAAGAGAUAGAGUGUGUGCACACAUCAUUGGCAUAGAGUGUGGAGCGGUUAAUUUGGCAUAUUGCUCCUGACUCGAGGGUUGUAGUCACAUGGUUACAGGUUCACUGAUGUAAAAUAGAACACUAGUCAUACCGCUCUUGUCAUAUAGAGGAUCUUUGACCAGCGUUUUUGCAAAACGUCCUUAAAAACAACAGACCACUCCUAUCGCACUGGUUUUAAGCCCCUACUGCUAGUCAGAGAACUCCUGUCACAUAGAGGAUCUUGAACUUUUUGCAGUAGGUCCUAAAAACAGAAGCAACAUCUUGUCACAGUAGAUUCUUGACUUUUUGCAGUAGAUCCUAAAAAAAAAUAACAGUGCGCUCCUGUCAAACAGGAUUUUUGAUGUUGAGACAUAUGAUGAUUGUAAACAAAAAAGGCAACAAAACAGAUGAACACACUGCUCAUUUCUGAGGGCGCACAUGAACAAUUGUUCAGUUUGUGCUUUUCAUCAUGUUUAAAGAAAAAAUACCCCAUUUUUUUAAAAUGAUUUUUUUUUUCUAUAAAAACACAAAGCAAUCACGAUUAUAUUGUGUUUAUAUACUGUGUACAACACAUAUAUGCAAUUUCUUUGAUAAGUUUCUCAUUAAUUAAACAGGGAGAGCAAGCGGACUAUUUAUUUUAUGUAUUUAUUUUGGAAUCAGCAAUAUUUAUGGCUGCCGUUGGUCAUUAUUUAUUUGUAAUUUUAUUCAAAAGAAAAUUACGAGACAGGGUGUACAAUAAACAAACAGAAAGUGGUGGUGGUGGUGGGGGGGAAUAAUAUAACCUUCUAUGCCUUUUUUCUGGAACAAUCAAGUCUCAUUUUGGUGCCAGUUUGGUUUCUUCUUCUUUUCUUAAGAGCAAUAAAUAUUUUUUUUUUUUUUCUUGCAGGACUUUUUCCACAUUGCUCUGUCCGCGUUUGAUUCUGUGAGUGCCAAACAAAAGUUUACAAUUUUCUUUCUUGAAUUUUUUACAAAGUAUUUGAUGUACAAUAAUAGAAAUAAUAGUAAUAUCAUUCACGGUAAUAAUAAAAAUGGGGGAACAUAUAUACACUGUGUAUAUAUAUAUAUAUAUAUAUAUAUAUAUAUAUAUAUAUAUAUAUAUAUAUAUAUAUAUAUAUAUAUAUAAGCAAUAAUUAUUUUUCAGAAGUGUAUUUUAAGCGCUGAUUUUUUUAUUUUUUAUUUAUUUGUUUUCUUAUUUAAGACCACAUUGCUGUUCCCUUUAAAGUCAGGGGUGAGGAAGCUGCUAAGUUUGGGCCAAAUAUGGUACGUUUGUGCAUUUAAUCUGGCCCCAUCAUGCAAUUUUCAAAAACUGUCCCAAAAAGUAACAAUGCUAAAAACUUUGCAACCAAUGGUAGCUCCUCACCCCUGCUUUAAGACCCUUCAAAGUGGGUCUUAAAAAAAACUUAAAUAUCCCAUUUCAGAAAGUAAUGAAGCUCCCGUCAGACGUAAGAACGUUAAAAAAAAGAGGAAGAAAACGUUCUUGUGUUGUUUUUGUUGAUAUCUUGUAUAGUGUUUAUGGGUAUUGUGACCCAUUGUGUAGAUUUGGCUUUAAAUAAAUGUAUUAAUAAUAAAUAAAAAACAGCUUUGUAAAUGGUGUAGAGUAGCAAUAUCAAGAUUCUAAUUUGUACUAUUGAGAACUUUUGAGGACUAAGUCACUGCUUUGGUGUCCAUGUUUUGUUUGGGAAGGACAAUAUGUUUGUGUGCGUGUGCUUGUGUGCGUGUGCGUGUGUUAAGAGAUGUGUGUGUUUUAUCCACGUUGCCUUCUGCCAAGUUCUUACCAAUGCCUUUUGUGGUUCUACCUUUUCUUGUUCCACUUUUCUUGUCAAUUUUCAUGUUUUUUUUGUUUUUUUUUAAUGUGCAAUUCUCAUUCGCCUCACCAUGCCAAUAAAGGGAAAAUGUGUUUGAAAGUUUCCGUCCGUCCGUCUUUGGCGUUCACAGUUUGACUCCUUGCCAGCCGGAAGUCCAAGGGAAGCGUU